AUGUGUCACGCCCCUCUCAAUUGGUCAGACUUGCGCAGCGGCAAAGUUUCUGUGCAUGAACUGUGCGAAGUUCUUUGUUCCUUCAAUGUUUGGGGGUUCCUCGCUUGGUUCCUACUUAGCUGCUCCUAGCCCCAUACCUGGGUGGGCCAAGGCUGUCCUCCCACUGCCAGAUUGCAAGGCAUACCUACUAAGCUUCUACAGGCACACAUUGAUUGUACGGAAGGCAACUCCAAAGCUUGCAGAAGGGUUUUGGUCGGGUGCCUCCUCGCUCCAAACUCCAGAUUACAAACAAGACAGCACGUUGAGGUCAGAGUAUCUGGCUGCAUGCGUUGACGAGUAAUCAAUCACGUGAAGGGAGAUGGCCCAAGUGGAGGCGGAAGCUGCAACCAGCAGACCCAACACGUCUGGGGCGGGGCCUGACCGAGGGGAUGAAUCUUCAAAGCAGAAAUGGAAGGUGCUUGUGGGAGCCGGGGCCGUCGCUGUGGGGAGCUGGUUCCUAUACAAGAGAAUGACAAAGAAGAAAACCAAAGAAGAUCAUGUCGAGGCUGUGAAGAAAUUGUUGGAAGGCGAGAAGUUUUGUACAUCCCAGGUGGAAGGAAGGGUUUCGACCAUCAGAUGGUCGGCCUGCGACACGGGCCUCAAGCUAGAAAACGCCCCCGUGCUGUAUCAGGAGCAAACACUCGCCAAUCUUCCAAAGCAUCCCUAUCGGCAGAGGUUCUAUGUUGUGAAGCCAACCAGCUCCGAAAGGAAGGAGGAAGUGGUCGAGCUCGCGCAUCAUGACGUUCUCAACCCCGAGCCCCUGAAGAACUGGUGCGAACGGCCCGAGUCAGACAGGACGGAGAUCAACGAGCAUGACGUCGGACGUCUGAUCAAUGCCACGUUCUUGCGACCCUGCGGACGGUCCGAAAAGUGCGCCUACACGGGCGGGCCGCCCGCAGACGGCGAUGAGGACGAUCUGCUGUCGGUGUCUGAGGGCAAAUUACGAGGCCUGACGCACAUGACCCUCAGCAAAGGGGGUGGCGUGAAUGCCUGGGAUCGAGUGGUGAAUGCAGCCGAGGCGAAAGAGCACGGCAAGGCUGGGACUGCCUGGGGCCCGCACCCGGGCGGUUACGACUUUAAGCCCAAGAAGGCAGAGAAGAAGAAAGUAGAGGAGAAGAAGCCAGAAGACAAGAAGUCGUCGUACGACCUCCCCGAGUUUACCAGCAGGAAACCAGACCUAAGCAAGUCGAUCGCGACUCAAACAUAGGCUUGCAUGACUUUGUCUUCACUGCUUAGGGUAGCACGCGGUCUUUUUAGAAGAUGUACAGCGAGUAUACUUCGAUAGGAGGAAAGCCUUCAGAUUGUCAAGAGAGCCUCUCAGUUGCGUGUAUAACAUGCUCGUGUACAAGGUUUGUUUUCAGGAUAAUUCUCCUACUUCGGUGCUGCAAGGAAGCAAUCUUUUGAUGCACCAUCAGGACCUGAUCUCCUUGCAAUUCAUGAGUAUCUUCCAGAAGACAACUCUUUCGAGCAUCUGAGCAUUUUUGAGAAGAACUUCUUCUAAGUGAACGUGUUAGCUGGCGGAGCUCUCCAAGAAUGUAAUCCAGGUAGCACCUCCAAAGCCGCCACGCUUUGGAUGAAGAAAGGGAUGAAGCACCUCAAGUUGGUAGCCUGAAUGUCAGCUGGACCGUUUUUGGUGAUUGGUGAGCGUGGCCGGGUGAUGUUAAGUCCUAGUUUGUUGCCAG